AUGACAGAUGAGUUUCUAUUUCAAGACAACAAGAACCAUACUGUUUGUAUAAAUCCAACAAAAAGAACUUUAAACGAGAAACCUAUAGAUGAACUUCUUUUGAAAGCAGAUGUUGACAACAAAGCUGACAAAGAAUAUGUCAUUGAAAAAGUUCAAGAAGAACAUGACAGAGCAGAUGCAACAUAUGCAACGAAAGAACAUACUCAUCCUGAACUAGCGGACAAAACAUAUGUUGACAAUAAAAUGUCAAGUGAAGUGACAAGAGCUGAAAACGAAUAUUCUAAAAAGACUCAUAUACAUACCAUUGCAAAUAUUACAAACUUACAAGAAACCUUAAACAGGAAAAGUGACGUUGGACAUACACAUUCUAUAUCUGAAAUAACAGACUUAAACGUUAGCCUUGAAAAGAAAGCUGACAAAACAUAUGUCAACAGUGAGUUAGAGGAGAAGGUAGAUAGGGGUUGUAUGGCUAGUGCGUUAGUGAAGAAGGCAGAUAAGGAAUAUGUGGAUGAAAAAGACAAUGAAAUUAAAGAAAGGGUUGAAUGGUAUAAUGAACGGACAUCGAAGAUUUUAGAAGGUAAAGCCAAUACAGGGUGGGUUUCAGGAUGUUUAGACCUUAAAGCGGAUAAGAACCAUACACAUACCAUUGCAAAUAUUACAAACUUACAAGAAACCUUAAACAGGAAAAGUGACGUUGGACAUACACACGAUUUCUUCGCAACUGUUGGUAUAGAAAAUAUUGAAGGAACGGUUGAAGAACCUGAUGGAACUGGUGGGGAUGUAUUAAAUUGGAAACCUCCUAACUUUCCACAAGGUUUAACAUCGGAAGAAGACAUAACAACGAUGAGAUACAUUAGAUGUAGAAAUGUCUAUGUCAUGGAGGAUGAAAAAAAAGUUAAAUUCACUGCUCAAGAUUUAUAUGACAACAAAGCUGACAAAACAUAUGUUAACGAUGAGUUAGAUAAGAAAGCUGACAAAACAUAUGUUAACGAUGAGUUAGAUAAGAAAGCUGACAAAACAGAGCUUCAAACGUUAAAGACAGAAAUACUUCAAACACUAUAUCUAUAG